CCAGAAGUGUUAAACAAACUUUGCAUUUCAGAGGCGUUGUCGUUUGCAGUUGCGUUUCGGCUUACAGCUGCGUAGUAUAUAAAGACGCAGCAUACAUUCGCGGCGUUUGUAAAAGCAAAAUUUACCGUUUUAGACACUUCACCACAUUCGAUAGAGAGGAAAAUAAUAGUCAAGCAAUAUGGAUGCGCCGGAAUGGUUAAGUGAGAAUUAUAUACAGGAAGCAUUACGAGUGCACCAUAAAGAUCCUGGCCUGCAUUUAAGGUCGAUGCACGUCCAGCCGGCUAUGGGUAAGGGUGAGAAUUACGGCGGUGUUUUGACGCGUGUCAAAGCUAAAUAUCAACUAAGCCGAAAUCAGCAGCGAUUGGAGAAGUGUAUGAUUGUGAAGACCUCUUUCGAGGAUGAUCCCGUUGCUAGCGCUAUAAUGGCACCCUACGAUGUGUUCAAUCGUGAAAUGCAGAUAUAUGAGGAAGUGCUACCAAAAUUAAGCGAACUGCUUCGUGAGAUUGACGACACAGAUGAGCUUUUUGCAACGGCCAUACAUGUGGAUUACAAGCGUCAACUUUUGAUAUUCGAGGAUCUCAGCGAGCGUGGCUUUGUCAUGGCGAAUCGGUUGCAUGGGCUCGAUAUGCCACAUGUUAAACUGAUUCUGCGGAAGCUGGCUAAAAUGCAUGCCACAUCGGCGGUCUGGAAUGAGCGGCAGAAUGGUUGUCUGGAAAAGUACGAUCGUGGAUUUUUUAACCGUUACACAGAUAAUUACAGUCCAUAUUUUGUUGGAUCUCUCUUGGCAUGCGCCGAAUAUGUUUUGAAAAAUAUGCCCGACUAUCGUUUUUAUGCGGAUAAAUUGAAGGCAUUGGCGCCCCAUUAUAUGGAAAUCGGUAAACGUUGUUUUGCCGUCACACCGGGACAGGUGAAUGUGUUUGCGCAUGGCGAUAUGUGGGUUAAUAACGUUAUGAUCAAAUAUGAUCCAAAAACAAGCGAACCCGUAGAUGUGCGUCUCAUAGACUUCCAGUAUUCGUUUUGGGGCUCGCCAACUUUAGAUCUGCAUCACCUCUUCAACACAUCUUUGCAAGAGCCACUGCGCCUCGCCAAGCAGGACAUACUCUUCCAGUAUUAUCAUGGUAUUUUCAGUGAUGUUUUGAAAAGGCUAAAUUAUGGCGCGCAUCCAGUGCCUACGCUGCACAUGUUUCGCCAAGAAGUGGAGCAGAAGCGAUUUUUCGCUUUUCACUCCGCCUGUGUGAUACAGCCGGUGAUGAUUAAUGAAGAUACAGCUGACGCAGAUUUCAACUCGUUGAUGGGAGAGGACGAGCGGGGACUAAAGUUUAAGUACAGCGUUUACUGCAAUAGCCGAGUACAGAAGAAUCUUUCGAAUUUACUACCGCUAUUUAAUAGGCGUGGCCUUUUGGACGUUAAUCAAUUCGAUUUGAUUGAUAAAAUGAAAGACACACAAUUUCACACCGCGCCACUUUGGCUAACCACUGAAUACCUGGAACCAGUUUUACGGAAAUACAAAAAGGACGAGGGUCUUAUUAUCACAAAACUGGUAAUCAAGCCCGCCACAGCCAAGGGUGAUAACUAUGCCAGUGUAAUGACGCGCAUCGGCGUUGAUUUUAUAUUAAGUACCAAGGAAGCCGAACACGCUUCGUAUAUCGUGAAGACGUCUCAUGAAAGUGAUCCUUUCACCGCAGGCAUCAUGAGUAAAUAUGACAUUUAUAAAACGGAGAUGUUAAUGUAUGAGCGGAUACUACCAAAACUAACUGAGCUGUUAAAGGAAAUCGGCGAUGGCGACAAGCUCUUUGCCGACACCAUCCAUGUGGACUAUGAACAUUCAGCUAUAAUUUUUGAAGAUUUGGCGAGACUUAAUUUCGUCAUACCCGAUCGGCUGGCUGGCAUGAAUGAGGCGCAGGCUAUGAUAACGCUAAAGAAGUUAGCCAAAAUGCAUGCUACUGCUGCUGUGCUGGACGAGCGUAUGCCCGGUGUCUUAACCAAAUUGCAAAGGGGCAUCUUCAAUCGUACAACAAAAGGGUUCGCACCAUUUUUCGAAGGAGUAUUCGAAGCGUGUGCAGAUUUUGCUGUCGAAUGUCCGGCGUUGGGUGCCUAUUACAAAAACAAAUUAAUGAAACUAAAAUCGCAUGUGAUGGAAUAUGGUACACGUUCUUUCGAUGCUUAUAACGGUGACUUCUUAACACUCACACAUGGCGAUAUGUGGACGAACAAUGUAAUGUUGCGUUAUGGCAAUGGCAGUGACGGCCAGUUGCAAAUUAAGGAUAUACUGCUAAUCGAUUUCCAAUUCAGUGCAUGGACCUCCCCAGCGCUCGAUUUACACUAUUUUUUUCAUACUUCACUAACGUUAGAUUUUAAGCUACACCGAGAGGACGAACUAGUACAGUAUUACCACGGGUUUUUGGCUGAAACCUUGCGCCAGCUUAACUAUGAGGGACACAUACCUUCCUUACAUGAGUUCUGUGUACAAAUGGAGUUGCAUCGCUUUUAUGCUGUUGCUUCGUCAAUCGCUUGCCAGGCUUUGCUCAUUAAUGACCAAACCGAUGAAGCUGAUUUCAACACCUUGAUGGGAUCCGAUGAUCGUUCUUAUAAAUUUCGCCAUUUAUUGUACAAAAAUAAAAGAACACAAGAGAGUGCUAUAGCUCUGCUGCCGUACUUUGAUCGAAAGGGACUACUCGAUGUAAGCGAUUAGACAAUUGAAAUCAACAACCAUCAACUGCUUAUGCAAUUACAUAAUAUGUGAAAGUAAUAAACUGAAAUGUGAUAUAAACAAUAAUGCUUUGUGAAAUCUGGUUUAAAAUAAACACAAUGUAGUCUCGUAACUCUUUCUACCAAAAA